AUGAAAUAUUUAAUUCCACUUUAUUUUAUACUCUUUCUAUCAAUUUUUACUAUUAUUAAUGUAUUCUCAUCGUCAAUACAAGUAACAACAACAAAACCAUCAACAACAAAUAAAAACAAAUGGAAAAAAUUGAAAGCACCAUUGAAUGGAACUAUGGUACAAAGAUUAGGAAAGGAAGCAGUAGAAACUUAUAACAAAAAUCAUCCAAAAAAACAAUUGACAUAUAUAAAUGUUACAAGAGGUUUAAAAGCUGGAAGAAAAGAAGAUGGAAACAAACAAAUUAAGCUAAGAAUUUUUGUUUCAAAAACAGAUAAUACAGCAUCUAAAGGCUUAACUUGUCAGUCUCUUAUAUCAAUAUUUAAUGUAACAAAAAAUGGUACAAAAACUUUAGUAAAAUCAAGAUUAAAACCUACGACAAAAAUUUGUAAUUUAAAUCACAAUAGUACUCCGUCACCAAAUGCUAUUACAAGAAGGGGUGAUUUAGGAUCAUUCCAACCACGUCCAUAA